AUGGCCUUCCAUAACGCCCAGGAUUCCGCCUGUGAUAUCGCCACUCACGCGGUCGCACCUAUUCCAGUGUCGGACAACCCUCACCGUCGCAGUCCCGAAUGCCCCAGUAUAGGUGCGGCUCGAGACAGCUCCCCGUGUCAUGACCAGCCUCUUCGCCGAAACUCUGCCUUCCUCGAAGUCGGGCUUGGUGGCGAGGCACCGAUCGUUGAUGGCAAACCAAGAAAAGACUCGAGACCGAAACUACACGUCCGCUUUCGCAGCAAAGUUGAUAUUGUCGAACCUGUUUCCAUCAAGCGGGAUGACUCGAUGCCAGCGGGCAAACCUGUGAGCGCGCAAUUGCCGCUCUAUUUUCCUACCCUUCCAAGGCUGCUCUUUCUAGCCAUUGUGGUUGUGCUGGUCAUACCCAGUCUGUAUACCGCUCCUGUUCUGCAUGCCGGUGCGAAUCCUGUGGGAGCAAGAGUCGGACAAUCAAAAGACACCAGGACAAUUCAAAGGGCGAAGAGGGAAUUGACCUCUGGGCAUGUGAAGAGAGACGACACUGCCACGGUCGUUUGUAAACGAUGGUCGCAGCAAAGUGCGGUGGUGAAUGGCACCCUGUAUCUGUACAGUGGCAGGUCUACUACGUCUUCGGACCAAACAACGGACACCUGGAACAACGAUUUCCUCACUCUCGAUCUAACAAAAUCCUGGCAGAUAGGUUCGCCAUCAUUGACAGGUCUACCUGUACCUAGUGGUCCGCCUGCAGUCUCACUUGGAUAUUUGUGGAACUCCUUAGAUGGCCUUUACCUCUACGGUGGCGAGUUCUCGGACUCGCCUGCUGCAUCCCCCGUCCCUUUCUCCACCUGGGUCUAUGACAUUCGUUCAUCUUCGUGGUCAGAACAUUCAAACCCUCGGACCAGUUCAGGGGAGAACUCGGAGCCGGCAAAUCAACCUGUUCAGCGCGCUGCCGAAGGAGCAGGAGUGUCUGUACCAGGCUUAGGCCGCGGAUUUUACUUUGGAGGACAUCUCGAUGGCUACACAACUCCUGGAUGGUCACAGUCCAUUGCGAGGGUCUAUCUUCGUGGUCUUCUAGAGUACACGUUUCCAGGAUAUAGCAACGCUGCGGUCGAUGGUGAAAGCCUCGCCGGUGCCUCCGGCCUCUAUCGCAAUAUCACGGAAGGCGGCACACAGGCUUCAGCUGGUUUCCCGGAACGUGCAGAUGGCCUCCUCGUCUACAUUCCCGGGUACGGCAAAUCCGGCAUUAUUAUCGGACUGGCCGGGGGCACGAAUGCUACAUUCACCCAGAUGAAUGUUAUUGACGUGUACGACAUUGACACAUCAAGUUGGUAUAAGCAGGCAACCACAGGGCCCACCCCCGAGAUCCGUGUGAACCCUUGUGCUGUAGCGGUGUCGGCCGCGGAUGGUAGUUCCACUCAGGUUUAUAUGUACGGAGGGCAGAAUUUAAUCCCCUACGGCCAGCAAACUCAGUACGAUGAUAUGUGGAUUUUGACCGUUCCAUCGUUCACCUGGAUCAAAGUGGACACAUCGAAUCAAGCCACGCCACCAGCCAGAGCCGGCCACACUUGCAAUGUUUGGAACGCCCAAAUGGUUGUGGUCGGCGGCUAUACUGGCCAGGAGCUCUCUUGCGACAGUCCGGGGAUAUACGUCUUCAACACUAGCGCGCUCACAUGGCAAAAUGACUAUUAUGCUCUGAACUCCAAAGAUGACUUGAAUCGGCAGAAGAGCCAACAAGAUGACCCCUCAGCAGUCCAAGGCUCCUACGGAUAUUCGGUUCCACCAGAAGUGCAGUCAGUCAUCGGCGGCAAUGCGGUUGGAGCGGCCACUGUUACAGCUCCUGCUCAAACAGCAACUCAAGGCCCAUUGGCAACAGGCAGUCCACGGACAUACACGGUCACUCAAUCCGGCGGGGCUGUCACGACGGAAACAGCCACGCCAGGAAAUAGCACAGAGGGCACCGGUAACGGUAAGCACGGCUCUUCUGGUGGUACAAAUAUCGGAGCUAUUGUUGCCGGAGUCAUAGCUGGGUGCUUCGCCAUUUUGGCCGCUUACCUGGGCUUCUGCACAUGGCUGUACCGAAAACAACUGAACAUGUACAAGAAUCAUAUGAACAUGGCACAGCGGCAGCAUCUUUCGGGCGAUCCUCGAUACAUUGGGGCAGCUUUUGCGCCUGUCAAGUACAGUGACAAAAGCCAGACCAGUGAGAGCCGCAACAGUGCAGACAAUCACAGUGGGAAUGGCAGUAGCAGAUCCGGCUAUGCGGGUAGAGCGAAUGUGUUGGCAAGCAACAACCCGUAUAGGAAUGUGCCUGGCGGUGCCGGAUCGGCAACGGCAGCAAGCAGCACAGAAGACCUCAUGGCUGGUCAUGAGCCAAGUUUCUUGGGAGUGGUGCUGAACCCAAGACGAAGUUUAAGGGUGGUCAAUAGGGAUUGA